AUGUAUUGCGCGGUGCUGCGAAGUGUUCCCGAAGGGGUGGUCGGCGGGCUCGAACGGCAACCAAUGAAUCGGACCCCUGCGCUCUUUCCCACUUCCACCACCACGCUGGACGCCUUCAACCAGUACCGUACCGUUGAGAGAGCCCAGAGCUUUGAGCUCCAAGAGCUAGACACACGCACACAUACAGCACAAGAGGGCGCACGUGAGAGCAAGCGGGACAGGAAGAGACGGGAGAAGCUCGAGCAGCUUCGCGAGACCGAAGAGAUGAAGUUCUCCCACAGCCUGCAGUUUAAUGCGGUGCCGGACUGGAGCAACCACUACAUCGCAUACAGCAACCUCAAGAAACAGAUAUACACACUCGAGACGCAGAUCAACCAGAAACACGAGCACGCCGAUCCGGAAUCGUCGCCCCUGCUAGUUGGAGACAUCGAUGACCCAGACAAGAUCUUCACAAACACGCUUGAUGCAGAGCUGGAGAAGGUCACGUCUUUCUAUCAGCUCAAGGAAAAUGAGAUAUACGACGAGCUAGAUGCCUUGCUGAAGGACGAAGAGUCGUACGACGAGGAAACAGAUGGGUUCGAGCAGGAGCAGGCGCACAUGCCGCCAGAACAGCGAUUGCGCAAGAGCAGUAUUUUCAGACAGGUCGGCUUCACCAAGCCCCGCACCAUGAGUGCAGCAAGCGGACAGUCCACCAACGACGAUCACGCCGAGGAUGACGAUUCUGACGACGACUUCAACGAGACAUCGCGGUUACGGAAGAAGAGCCCAGACGGACGUGUGCGCCGCUCGCGGACGCAUGACGAGAACAUGGCAGCUUCCACCGACUACUCGGCGUCACGGCGGAGAACAAGCGUGGCUUUCGAGGACUACAACGACAUGGCGUUUUCUGCGUUGUAUGACGAGGGCGUGUCGUUGAAGAAGCGGACAGUCAGUGUUUAUGUGUCGCUGUGCGAGCUGCGGUCUUUUAUCCAGCUCAACAAGACUGGAUUUGAAAAGGUGCUCAAAAAGUACGACAAGAUACUGGAUCGCAAGCUCAAGAGCCACUACCUCAACAAAUACGUGUACCCAGCACACCCAUUCCAGCAGAGCACCAUGGACCAGUUGACGGCAAACUUGGACCGCAUCGAGUCUGCAUAUGCACAUUUAUGUACUAAGGGCGAUGUCGCCGAGGCGAAGCGCGAGCUGAGAUUGCAUCUGCGAGAGCACGUGGUCUGGGAGCGGAACACUGUCUGGCGAGAGAUGAUUGGUAUCGAGCGAAAGGCGCAGGCAGCCAACAUCGGUAUCACCCAGACGCUUCUCGGACGCGACACAACUGGCGGGAAGAUCCGACGCCAAGGUGAUGAUAUUCAGCCAGAUCUCAAGGAAGUGUCAACGCCGAUUGGAAAGUACAGGUGCCCACAAUGGCUAAUCAGCAAGACUUUCUGGAUGCUCCUGGCCUGUAUAGCUGUCUUCGUCGUGCUGCUGGUUUUGCCUAUCAUGGAAAAGCCGGAACAGCAGAAUUGCUUGGCAAUGGUGGUGUUUGUCAGUUCGUUGUGGGCUACUGAGGCGAUCCCGUUGUUCGUGACAUCACUUCUGGUGCCGUUUUUGGCUGUCACGCUUGAUGUCGUUCGAAGCGAUGACACGCACGAGCGCCUCGACUCCAAGCACGCUGCCGGCUAUGUGUUCUCGGCCAUGUGGACUCCCGUCAUUAUGCUGCUGCUCGGUGGCUUUACCAUUGCGGCUGCCCUGUCAAAGUACAACAUUGCAAAGAUGAUGGCCACGUUUGUGCUGAGCAAGGCUGGAACGAAGCCAAGGACCGUGCUGCUCACCAACAUGUUUGUCGCCAUGUUUGCAAGUAUGUGGAUCAGUAACGUCGCGGCGCCCGUCCUUUGCUUCUCUAUCAUCCAGCCAAUCCUCCGAAAUCUUCCCGCCGACUCCGAUAUGACGAAAGCGCUACUCCUCGGUAUCGCUCUAUCCUCGAAUAUCGGCGGUGCAGCAUCUCCUAUUGCCUCGCCACAGAAUCUCAUUGCUCUCCAGAACAUGAACCCUGAGCCAUCGUGGGGUGUGUGGUUCUUUGUUGCACUCCCUGUAUGCAUAAUUUCCAUCCUGUGUAUUUGGGGCCUGCUCCUCUUCACCUUCAAGCCCGGUCGCGGUACCACCAUCGUUCCCAUCCGCCCCAUGAAGGACAAGUUCACUGGCGUACAAUGGUUCAUCACCAUCGUUACACUCGUCACCAUCAUCUUGUGGUGCGUGAGCCACCAGCUCGAGCCCAUCUUCGGCGACAUGGGAGUCGUAGCCAUCAUUCCGCUCGUCUUGUUCUUUGGUACAGGCAUCCUCACCAAAGAAGACUUUAACAACUUCCUCUGGACCAUCAUCAUUCUCGCGGCUGGUGGUCUGGCGCUCGGCAAAUCUGUCAAUUCGUCUGGCUUGCUGCAUACCAUUGCCGAGUCAAUCACUGUUGGCGUUGAGGGCAUGAGCCUGUACGGCGUCCUCGUAGUAUUUUGUGCAUUGAUCUUGGUGGUCGCGACGUUUAUCAGUCAUACAGUCGCCGCCCUGAUCGUACUGCCGCUUGUGCAGCAGGUUGGCCAGCAGAUGGCCGAGCCGCAUCCGAACUUGUUGGUCAUGGGCGCGGUGCUUAUGGCUAGUGGAGCCAUGGGGCUGCCGACUAGUGGAUUCCCGAAUAUGACUGCCAUUAUGAUGGAAGACCAACAUACCGGACAACGAUACCUUGAAGUUAAGCACUUCUUGACACGCGGCGUGCCGGCGUCGAUCAUUACGUUUGUUGUGAUUAUCACCGUUGGGUACGGACUCAUGUUGGCGGUGGGAUUCUAG